AGAAGAUGCCUGCUGCUGAGGAGGGUUAGAGACGUGUGGAGCCAAGCCAUUCAGAAGCACCCAGUUUGUGUCACAUCCUCAGAUGCCCAGCAGAUUUGUGAACUAGGUUUUUUUUCUAGUGAUUUAACACAGGUCACUGUUUGAACAUGACGAUACCCUGCAAAGAACUACAACACUCUGAUUUUACAUGCCUUCAAAACCUGAGAAAAUUGAGAAAUGGCGUCUUUAUUUCUCAGCACUCAAGAUGAGGAGCUAAGAGAAUAUAAUCUUCUCCUGAACAAAGCUUGAACCAGAAGCAACUCUGACUUAACCUUGCCUAAUGGAGAGUCGCCUAGAAUGAAACUGCCUGACCAAAGUCAUUCAGGAAGGAGGACCUGGUCUGGUCAUUCCAUCUGAAUCAGAGAUCCGGCAUCAGAGCUUCUUGGAAUGAACCUAUAAGUCAUGAAUGGAAAACAUGCAUCAGGAAAUGGUGUGCAUCUGGAGAACAGAGGCUCUUGUGUGGAAGACUGAGCCCUAGCAGAGGGAAUUCUGCUACAAAGUUGUAUUGAUUCAAAUAUUCAAAUCACUCAGCUCUCUCUCUCAUACCUCCCUGCAUUAAAUUCCCUAAUAAAAGGACCCUAAUAAAAGGGCUUUAAUUACUAGUUGUUCAUUCUCUGCCAUGCCUGCCAUUUAAUGAAAGCAAGAUGAACAACAGCAUUGUCACCGACUUUGUGAUUCUGGGCUUCACCCAAAAGCCUGAGCUCCAAGGAGUUCUUUUCCUCGUGUUUCUCUUCAUCUAUCUCAUGGCUUUUCUUGGCAAUAUGCUCAUUGUCAUCGCCAUAAUCUGUAACGCCACCUUGCACACCCCCAUGUACAUUCUGCUGUUGGCACUGGCUGUCGUGGACAUCAUCUGCACAACAAGCAUCCUGCCGAAGAUGCUGGAGACCCUGCUCGCUUCAGGGAAGACCAUUUCAUACGAGGGCUGCAUGACCCAGCUCUUCUUCUUCACAUGGUCUCUGGGGGCCGAGAUGGUUCUCUUCACCGCCAUGGCCUACGACCGCUCUGUAGCUGUCUGUUUCCCUCUUCGCUACAGGGCCAUUAUGAGCCACCGUAUGUGUGUGACUUUGCUUAGCAUUGUUAUGGCUAUUGCAGUGACCAACUCCUGGGUACACACAGGGCUCAUCCUGAGGCUGACCUUCUGUGGGCCAAACACCAUUAACCACUUCUUCUGUGAGAUACCCCCUUUGCUGGCUCUGUCCUGCAGCCCGGUGGGAAUCAACGAGGUGAUGGUUUGUGUUGCUGAUAUCACCCUGGCCGUAGGGGACUUUGCCUAA